GGUCCACGGGGGUUAGGAGUGUAUUGCUUGCUGCAUACAAUGUGUUUGGACGGUAAGAUGAAACCAUCAAUAUCAGAUCAAUAUCGCCAUCUGCCCGCCUUUGGGCUAGCUAUACCUCAAAAUUGUAAUACGCGAAAUCCAGUGCCGGAGUUUCCGGUAUGAGGACGAGAACGACAAGGGGUGUAGCGCAUCUCUCGGAUUCUACCAUAUCUGCUGCACAUCAUCGCUAUAGCAGCCUAUGGAACACGCGAUCAAGUGAAGUGGUUACGUUUUGUGAUGCAGGCACCUACGCAUCGCCAAGCAGUGGGAUUUUUUUAGGCUAUUUACGCAACCUUGAAUAGCCGACCCCUGCUCUGGGCAGAUGAUAUUUUUGGUGAAAGUCAGGGCUGUCAUAAAGGAUAUCGGGAAGCUGGGAGUUGAUUAAAACUGUGGACAUAAUCCUUUUACCUCACCAAGAAACCUCCUCCGCAGCCAAAGUGUCAACCCUACAUCCUGCUCACUGAAGCUCUAUUCCAAGAGAGUGAUCUGGACUUUGUUUGGUACUAUUCAUCAUUUUAAAGCUGACUGCAGAAGUAGCAGUCCUCCCUAAUCACCAGACCUGAUUUGACCAUUAAUAGUUUAGCUCAGCCAGCCAGCUUGAUUCCUUCUCCCAGUGUCUGAUUCAGAGAGGAGCCCUGCCCGUCCUCCUCUCCCCACCACCUCCCCUCACAUUGUUGCAGGAGCUGAGUCUCUGCUGCCCAGGGAGGGCUCCCGACAUGUCCACCAAGGCGCCCAUCUAUCUGAAGCGGCGGAGCAGGAAGGGGAAGAAGGAGAAGCUGCGGGACAUCCUUUCCUCUGACAUGAUCAGUCCUCCGCUGGGGGACUUCCGCCACACCAUCCAUAUCGGGAGCGGCGGGGGGGAUGACGACCUGUUCGGAGACCUGUCCUUCCUGCAGGGGAAGUUCCACCUUCUCCCUGGGCAGCAGGGCCACAACCUGUCUCAGCGCUCCUCCAUGUACGCAGAGCCCUUCCAGUUCAGCCGUACUGCCAGCGACAGCGGACACACACCCUCCUCAGAGAGCUCCCCCCUGCUGAAGAAUGCCCUCUCGCUGCCCGUCAUCGAAGGGGUGCAGGCCAUCACCCUACCAGUCACCUCUGCACCCUCCUCCGCCCGCCCCCAUCCGCCUCAGAACGCGCCCCCUCCACCCAAGCCUCCCCGACUGCACCUGGAUGACGAGAUCCUGACGCCCCAUCACCCAGGCCUGGACUCGUCUUCUCCCUCAGCACAGGCUCCCAGCAAGACGUCCCAGUUCAGCCCGCCCUCCCCCAGGUUGUCAUCAGGCGAGGAUGUGUGUAUCCAGGACCCUUAUCUGGGUGAUGGGGGCCAGGAGCGCCCCUACCUGUCCCACGCAGGCUCCCUGCUCUCCCUGCACCUGGACCUGGGCCCCUCCAUCCUGGACGACGUGCUGCAGAUUAUGGAUAGCCAGCGCCUCAGUGGCCUCAACGGAACCUGUCUGCAGGGAGGGCGGCAGGAGCUCUACACCUGACCAUGAGAAGCCCUCUGUCCUCUGACUGACCUCCUUAGUGUAUAAGAGGAGGUUCUGACCUCAACCAAGCCUUGCUGGAUUACAAGGCUGGAUUUGUACAGUAGUACGCUCAUAUGAAGUGCUUUUUCCCCCUGGAACUUAACUUCAGUUGCUGUUAGUGUUUUAAUUGAUAUUGAAUAUCUUUCUACACUUUUCCAUGCAAAUUACUUAAUAUAGUAAGUACGAAAUGAAGCGACCAUUUGCCAAAAGCUGACACUGUUAAAUCUCUUCUCCCCGUCCUCCAAAGAGGAUAUGAUGAAACCGGUGAAAGAAUAUACUGCUGGUCAGGAACUGAGGUCAGCAUGUAUCUGACUGGGAUCAUAUUUGUCAGUGGGAGUGAAAUGGUAUUGUAAAACCUGAAGGUCACAGUUUGAAUUUUUUUACUGCACCUGAGCUGUAGACUACUGUCCGUGCUCCUGAGAUCACAGUUUGGUGUCUGUGUCACACAGAUUUAUCCAGCUUACAAAGCUGUUCUGGAACUGACAUUCUAUUCAUGGUUGGAUAUACAUUAUCAAAGACACGCUUAUGGAAAGAGGAACUGUACUACAGGGAGGGUGUCUGCCGAGUGGCGCAGCGGUCUGAGGCACUGCAUCUCAGUGCAAGAGGCAUCACUACAGACCCUGGUUCGAUUUCAGGCUGU